UGCAACAUAUGUUACAGUUAGUUGAUUCAUUCAGUGUCGCUGUCCAACAUUGACCACGAGCUCCUUUCAAUCAUUGCUACGGUGUUUAUUUUAUCUGUCUAUUCAUAGUUUAAGUGGCUAAACAAGACUGUCCCGGUAGCGUCCACGAUUUAACCGAUAUUAUUCAGUCAGCCCAGUUGAAACAUUUUACAGUUAGCGAAGCGUUUCAUUUUGUGAGUAAAAAUGAAGACCAAGUUCAUUAAUGGGGUUUCGUCUUCACCUUCGAUGUCAUUGGGGUUAUUAGUAACAGAAAAUUCACUCGAGGUCCAGCCAAAUACUGAGAAUGACUGCAAAGAUAUCAUUCGUCCGGACGAGCCUGAUCAGCAGACAAAGCAUAAGGCCUAUUUGUGGUGCAAAGAAUUUCUCCACGGAGCAUGGAAAUCUCUGACCGAAGAUGAGUUUAAGAUCACCAUUAUCAGGGGCGGCCUCAGCAACAUGCUUUUCCUCUGCGCUUUGCCAGAGCACAUCUCUAGCGUCGGUGACGAACCCAGAAACGUUCUCCUGCGGAUAUAUGGAGCCAUUCUACAGAUGUCCUGUAAUAAAGGGGAUCCAAGAGAGUCAAACAAAGAAAAUCACUUUCAAGGUGCCGAGGCCAUGGUGCUGGAGAGCGUGAUGUUUGCCAUUCUGGCAGAGCGUGAGCUGGGACCCAAGCUCUACGGCAUCUUUCCCCAGGGGAGACUGGAGCAGUUUGUCCCUAGUAGAAAGCUGGACACCGAGGAGCUGAGUAUCCCAAGCAUAUCUGCUGAGAUCGCUGAAAAGGUUGCCAAGUUCCACGGGAUGACAAUGCCAUUCAACAAGGAGCCCAAGUGGUUGUUUGGCACUAUGGACAAGUACAUGAACCAGGUGUUAAGUCUGACCUUUACAAGAGAGUCUCACAUUCGCAAGUUCGCCCGACUGAUGAGUUAUAACCUGCUUCAGGAGAUGGAGAGCUUAAAGAAUCUAUUGGAGUCAACUCACUCACCUGUUGUCUUUUGUCACAACGACUGUCAAGGAGGAAACAUCUUGCUCCUGAACGGUCGUGAAGACUCAGACAGACAGAAGCUCAUGCUUAUUGACUUUGAGUACAGCAGCUACAACUACAGGGGGUUCGACCUUGGAAACCACUUCUGUGAGUGGAUGUAUGACUACAACCACGACAAGCCUCCAUUCUUCAAAGUCCACACAAAGAAUUACCCUACCAAAGCUCAGCAGCUGCACUUCUAUGGGCAUUACCUCUCUGAGUUUGACAAGGGGUUUGAUAACUUGAGCAGUGCGGACCAAUUGAAACUUAAGGAGAAGAUGGUGGAGGAAGUCAACAGGUUUGCUCUUGCCUCUCACUUCUUCUGGGGUCUGUGGGCCAUGAUCCAAGCCAGAAUAUCCACUAUUGAGUUUGGCUACAUGGAAUAUGCUAUGGCAAGGUUUGAUGCAUACUAUGACCUGAAGAAGAAGCUGGGAGUCUAAGGGUUGUGUAGAUUCACUGUUUUUUGGUAAAGGGGACCAUUCAAUGGUGUUGUGGAAGUGGGGUAGAGCAGGGGAUGGGUGGAUUAAAGCAUCAAUGUGUCUCUUUUCAAAAAAGAGAUGCUCCACUCUGAACGUUGCUGCAUGGACCACGUUGAUGACACUUGCAGAAUGUCCAGCUUCUACUGACUAACGUCCCAUGCCUGCCCUUACAGUGUUUACAAGUUGUAUCCCCAAACAUUCCAUGCACUUGCAAGUCCUCAACACUCAUCGAUGACACACAGAAAUAUUCACACAUGUCUGUUCACAUAAGUCUUGCUAAGGCAUAUAAGGUUUAUGCAUUUACUUAACACAAAGACGUGGAGUUGGAAUGCCAAUUGGUGGAAAAAUACUCAAAUGCACUUUCAGUGUGUUUUAUUGCAGACGCUAAUCCCGCUAACUGUGUUAUCUAUACAACCGCAAUGAUAGCAAAUGUACUGUGUAGGACUAAGGUUGCAGUCAGUGAGCAGAAUAGCCAAACACUAUGUUGAUAGUGUGGUCCAACCUCCACUUCAUGUCUACAGUGUUUUUUUCUCCAACACAUUUACCUUUACUGUGACUGCUCAUUGGUUUACCUCUUUCCCAACUUGAAUAUAGCCUAUGGUGUUAUUAAUUAGAUGAGUAUUUUUGCUGCUGUAUAAGCUUCAUUUGAUAAUGCUUGUGAGUGACCUGUGAAAAUGGUUGAAAAACUGUACAUGUCACUAGGUGUUCUCUCCAUUCUGGAGGUGAAUGAAGAUGGUCGAUAUCUCGAAAGAGAUUCUGUCCGUUGCCACUGACAGAAGCAGACCAGAUAUCCCAUUUAACCCCAGUACAAUCCCAUGGAUCACCAGUUGCCAUGUGCUGAGUCAUAACAGUGUGGAUAUAGGGACUGUGUUAUACUCAUUUGUUUACAUCUCAUGCAGAUUUCCAAAAUGGGCAAGAUGUAACAAAAAAUCUUGUCCGCACCAAACUGUCACAAUCAAAAUAUUUUUGGUUCCCUUGUGGUGCACCACAAAUAAUCUAGUCACCUUCUAAUGACGAAUGAUCUAGUAGAAUGUUUUAACCAGUAGCACCCACUCCCACCGGUGUAUGGGGACGGAGUCUACAUUAAAACCAGGACUGCUUUCUAUCGUCAAACAGUGGGAUGUCAAGAUUAAGGGCCCAAAUUUCAUUGACGGGCAAUGGGCAGUGUGGAUGGGUCAGAGCAGUGCUCCCACUUUCCAUUCCAUAGCUUUAGCUCAUACACAAGACACUUUGCCCAUUGCCCGAAUGCACAUUGGAGCCCAAAAUGUACAAUGUACAGUUUUCCAGUGUGAUAUUGGAGAAGCAGAUAGAGGUUCUCAGCUCCAGUGCAAUUAUCACUGGAGAUUGUGGAUGUAUUGAAUGUUUAUCUUUCUUCUUGGAAAUCUUUUACAUACUUAUUAGUAAGUGUUGAGUGACAGUCCUGUAUCUACUUGAUUUGUCCCUGUUGAGUAAUGCCAUUGAGUUCAUUUCAUCUUCAGAAAGAUAACUGUGAUAAGUCUUUUACUUUCUUCUACAAUACAAGUCAAUAUACUGUGUUUUAUGUUUAUGGUUUUUCUAUACAGUAGAUGUUCAUUUAUUCAAUCAGUUUAUGAUAUUUUUGAGACAACCUGAGCCUUUUGCUAAUAAUGUCAGUGGCACUUUCCACACCAGUUACAUGUAUAUGUUUUUGUUUCCAAAUGCUACUUUUGUAUUUUUUUUUCCCUGCAAUGGAAGACGUAUUUUUCUUAAUAAGAAAGCUGUCUCUUUCCUUGUUGAAAUGAAUUGUCUUUUUCCUCCUGUGAAAGUUUCUGUUGGUGGUCAUUUCUUAAAUGUAUUAUUCAUCAUAUGCAAAUUUGCUAUUAAAAUUACAAAUUUGCUACUUGAUGACAUUGAAUGUACUGAUAACCUUUUUCUGAGAGGUUGCAAUGUACCCACCUUUUAAAACCGUGAUUUAAAUUGACCCCAGCAUCUCUCUCUCUCUCUCUCUCUCUCUCUCUCUCUCUCUCUCUCUCUCUCUCUCUCUCUCUCUCUCGGCCACUAUGUAAUCCUUGUUUGUAUGCCAAUAUGACUGACUCUAGCCUUAGCACUCUCUCUAGUAGCUUCUGUAACAGAGGGGGUUAAAGGGGGUUAAAUCAACUCCUUUGUAGCCAGGGUAAUCCAUAAACAGUACUGUUCAAUUUUUGCUUUGCACAUAUAAUCAUUAAAGAAACGUAAUCAACACA